GUUGUGUUAGUCGUUUGCUUUGAGUUUGAUGAUGGAGAUGAGCAUGUUGGCUUCGUUCCCUGGUUACACAAAACCCUUUGCAAUUGCAAGAGUAAACCCUUAUCUUCCUAAGCUCAGGGCAUCUUCUCUGCGCCAUGACUACCCCCUUGCAAGCAAAAUUAUUGUUAAAAAUUUACCAUACUCUACCGGUGAGACCACUUUGCAGAAGGAAUUUUCAAAUUUUGGCAAGAUAGCUGAAGUGAAAAUGGUUAAAGAUGCAAGUACGAAAAAAUCUAAGGGCAUUGCUUUUAUUCAAUAUACAUGCCAAGAUGAGGCUAUGCUUGCACUUGAAACCAUGGAUCAGAAGGAUUUUUAUGGUCGAAAAAUCUAUGUAGAAAUUGCAAAACUGGGUUGGGAUGAAUUUGGUGCACCCCCUAGGGCCUCAGGACCCCCAAAGAAGUGGGAUUUGCCAGAGCAAGGGGAGGUGGUGGAUUGCUGGUACUGAUCGUAAUUGAGUGAAGCUGUAGAAGAAGAGAAAAUGUUGGAACUAUCAAGUUAUACAAUGAUAGCUAUAGGUGUGAUGGAACAUUAUAUUUUAGUGAUAUUGAAGCAAUACUAUAGUUCAUGGUACUCUUCAUUUUGACAUAAAACUGAAGGUGUCUUUUGAAAACCUGUUCCUUUUGACCAAUAUGUGGAGCUCCUGCAACAACAAUUUUACUGUACAUAUAAGACACCAGUGAAUUUCAUUCAGUAGUUUUUGAGUUACUACUCUACAUUUGAAUGAAAUUGUCAU